UCGUUAUCAAAUCAUGCUGUUAAAGUGCUAACACUAUCCAGCUGACGGUCAGUGUGUAAUGGCGAGCAGGAAGGACAAAGCAGGGCCCCGGCAUCGUUGAUACUUCGACAAGCUCAAUUAUUCCAUAUUCUGCCCUUUCCAAAAAAAAAUAAUAAUAAAUUCUUGGAGAUAUGUUUUAAAACGAUUUCUAACCGUUGGGAUAAAGACACGACAGGACCUGUAAAAAUUUUCAAAAAACGUGUUUAAUGAAUAUUCCGAUAAAAAUAUACAUGCAGAUAAUAACAUGAGAAUCGAUCAUCAUUUCAGAUACAGUGAUGAACAGUAUCGGAAAUACUUGCACAGAGAUAAAACAGAAAUAUGACGAAUGCUUUAGCAUUUGGUUUAGAGAAAAAUUUCUUAAAGGAUAAGGCAUAAAUGGAGGCUUGUCGCACUUUGAAGGAACAAUAUGAUGCUUGUUUCAAUGUUUGGUUUAGUCAGAAAUUUUUAAAAGGCGACUAUAAUGAUUCAAUGUGUGCUGGGCUGCUUAAAGUUUACAAAGAGUGUGUUGAGAAAACUAUGAAGGAGAAUCACAUUGAACUAAAAGACACAGACAUUCAACUUUUGGGCACGCACAAAGAGAACAAAAAGCCACCACCUAAAACAUAACCCAACAAACUAUGUGAAUUCAUAUUUAAUAAAACAACAUUUAAACCUCACUUGAAAAUCUUUAUGUAAUAAAAUAGUACAGCAUAUAGCACUAGUUGCUUUUAGUAUUUUUUAUUUUUAUUUUUUAAUUAUUUACAUGGAAUUUCCAAGUGUAUA